AGUUGAGCUUCAAGGUGCUUUGUCUGGAGGAAGGGCUUCUUUGUUGAACAACAACCUCUCAACUCAUGUUGAUGCAAAACGCGCUUGACUGUGGACACUGACACCUGUCUUCCAGCAGCUCGUAAUUCACUGCAGACUUUAGUUUUUUGUUUGAGUCUUGACCAGCAUGACAAGUUUUCUGUCAGCAGCAGGUGGUAGUUUGUGUUUGCUUCAUGAUUGUGGCAGUGACACAACCUUGCCAUGCACUUUAUACUAAGUACACAAGUACACUAUUCAAACAGUUGUUUUUGCAGUUGAUCUUGGGACCUGCAACUGUAGCUGAACAUGUCAUAUUGUAAAUGUCCAUUCAUCACGUCAACACCAUCGACUAAAGGGGUCCUGAUUAAGAAAAACAGCAAAUCCUUGAAGCUGGAACCAGCAAAUGUUUGACAAUUGUUUAUAGGCUGAGAGUGUUAACUGAUUAUCAAAAGAGUUUGCAGAUUCUCUUGUUGAACUGUGUUUACCACUGCACGUGCCUGCAGCAGAGCUCCAACCACCGGUGGUUAAUGUGUAAACUCUGCAGCAGUGGGGAUGAAGACCUCCACGGGAACAUUGACUUUUGAAUGGGAGCAGCCCUUGGCCCUUGAUAAGCAAGGUGGGCUGCUGAGUCACUGGACGAACAAGUGGACAAUUUCAGUGGCUCGUAAACACCAUUGAUGGCUAUCAAUGUGUUCUGAUCGAUAAGACCCCUGCUUUGGAUCAUUCAGCCCUGUCUGCCUCACUCUGGCCCACAUCUGGAUGGUGUGGACAUAAUUCAGCUGCACAUAGAACUGAGUUGGGCGGAAAUCUAAGACUUGUUGAAAAUGGACAGAGGGUCUGCUGGUGCUGGGAAGCGGCUUCUCCAUGUGGAUGUCGGUAUCGACGAGCUGCAACCUCGUGAGGGAAUCCUGGGCCUCUUGAGAAAACUCCGUCCUCACUGGAAGGCACAGGACAUUCAGAUGAAGACAUUCACAGAAGGAAUCACCAACCGGCUGAUUGGUUGCUACGUGGGCUCUCUCCAGGAGCCUGGUUGUGUUCUGGUGCGUCUGUACGGCAAAAUGACAGAGCUCUUCGUGAACCGGAACCGGGAGGUGGAGAUGUUCCAGGUCUUCCAUGCCCAUGGCUGUGGUCCUCAGAUCUACUGCAGCUUCCAGAAUGGCAUCUGCUACGAGUUUGUUCGAGGAACAGUGCUAGAUGAUGAGCUGCUCCGGCAGCCCUCCAUCUACAGAUUGAUCGCAGCAGAGAUGGGGAGAAUCCACUCUAUCCAGCCAAAAUGUGGUCGGCCUGUUGAACCUCUGCUCUGGACAAAAAUGUCCCACUUUCUCACACUGGUGCAGAGCAGCGUCCACAGCAGCCCAGCUGAGCAGAGCUGCAUGAAGAGCCCUGCCACUCUACGAGAGGUACCCAGUAUUGAGACGUUGUCAGUUGAAAUGGAGUCAUUGAGGAGACACCUCUCUCAGAUUGACUCUCCGACCGUGCUCUGCCACAACGACCUUCUGACAAAAAACAUCAUCUACAACCACACAGAGGGAAUGGUGAAAUUCAUCGACUACGAGUAUGCCGAUUACAACUACCAGGCCUUCGAUAUUGGCAAUCACUUCAAUGAAUUUGCCGGUGUGAAUGAUGUUAACUACAACCUCUACCCGAGCCGGGAGCUGCAGAGAGACUGGCUGACGGCCUAUCUGGAGAGUUACAAGCACAGCUCGGGACGUGAGGUCACUGUUACAGAGGCAGAAGUUACACAGCUCUACAUUCAGGUCUGCAAAUUCUCACUGGCCUCCAACUUCUUCUGGGGUCUCUGGGCCAUCCUGCAAUCACGGUUCUCCUCAAUUGACUUUGACUUCCAAAGAUCAGCGACAGGGCCCCCACCUCAUUUCGAUCUGGACCUCGGAGGAAAUGUGAUCCAGAGGGGUGCCGAGGCACAGAGGCACUAUUGUUCCCAUGCCGUCGGUCCUCCCUUACAUAUACGUCUCUCAUCCCUGGCUGGGCCACAUGCGUCUGCUAGACGUCUGCUCCUCUAAGCUGCUUGCUGAGGUUGUCCUAAAGUGCAUGAUACGCCACUGCACGACUCAACUACUACUUUGAGAAGAAAGAAGAGUAUCUUGGAUUAGUGAUGAGCUAGAAUGAUUGGAUAAGGAGCCGGCAUUUACACUGCUGAUGUGACCUGUGCUUUUUUGUCACAUUGUACAGUCCUCUGUAAAUCCACUGUGGAAAUGAAGGUACAGAUAAGCUUAUAAAUGUGCUCCCUAUUGUUUGUUUUUUCAGUCUGUAGCGCGAGUUAAUAUGUUUUGCUAUCACUGUGAUUUUUAAAAUAUUUGUUUUACCACAGUCAGUAUGCCGAUAAGCACAUUUGGCAAAUUGAGAUGAAGAUCAUGCCAGAGACACAUUAAUUGUUCCCACAUUUAGCCGAGUCGCAUGAAGCCACAAAAACUGUGCCUGAUCAUAAAACCCAUAAGAGGGUUAUUUGCAUGCUUAUUCAGUGCGUACCACAGCUCUGAUGGAAAACAACUUUCUAUUUCAACUUAUUUACCAAGGAGUGCAUUAUUCUAAAUCUUUCUCUCUGAGGGACUGAUGUUGAAAAACUACUUUUUUUAUACCUUACAGGGUGUCCACCAAUCAUACAGUGGACUGCAGAUUUGAAGAUUUAUAACAAAUUCACCUCAUUUAGGUGUUAAAACAGUGUUUAACAACAGAGGCAAACUGUUUGACUCUGAAUGAUGUUGGACAAACAGUUUACAAGUCAUGUCACAAUUGAUCCUCGGUUUUAGAAGGUAGUGAAAUGCCGAUUACUGCAAAAUUCACUGUAGAUAGGAUAUUAGCUCACUUACUGACUGAGAGGACUGUUACCACUCCUCUGUUAGACCCUUUCCAACAUUUCAAAGUAAGAUAAACCACCUCAGCAGUUUAUGGAAUUACCAAUAAUGCAGAUUCUCUGGUGCUGCUAAACCAUAUAUUACUGAGUUUUAACAAUGAUUCAACAACUAAUUUAUACCUCACUUCAACCUUAGACAUUCACUUAUGAACUGCAGCUUCUUUCUCCUCAUCAAGGUUGUUUGAGAUGCGAGACGAUUAAGGGUCUUGUUGUUCUUGUGUUCCCUGUUUUAUUUCGAUAUCAUGCCCUCAUGUGUCACAUCUUGCUUCUCAAAUCCUCCUCUACGUUUUUCUCUCCCAGUGUUGUCUUUUUGUCCAUCAUGACUCAGUUUUGGUUUUCCUUGUUUUCUUGCACCAUUCAGCUUUGUUCUAUUAAAGCUCGCUUUUAGUUCCCCUAUUCCUGCCUCCUGUGUGUGUGUGUGUGUGCAUUUGGGUCCUCGCCUUGUUUCAACCUAAAUUAUAACAUAUUUUAAACUAUAGCCUACUGUUGAUAUUGUAGGUUAUAGUAAAUUGAGGGGUUUCCAGAUCUGCUCUUGCUCUACAUAGAGUCAGUCAGGCCUUUUCCAGUGGACCCCAUAGGGCUGGGAGACCCUGCAUGAUUUGUGCCAUGAACUACUCAAACAUUUUUUUUUUUUCAUAUUAAAAACUAAUUCUUAAGUCAAGAAAGUCACAUUUUGUCAUAAAUAAAAUAAAAUAUCAUCUGUUUUGUAUUAAAACUGCUCAGUGAACUAUAGCAUCUCGCUCAGCACACAUCACCAACACCAACCUGAUCAAAUGGCAAACUAUAACAUGUAUUUCUCAGUCUCAUAUUUCAUUAGUUUCAUGACAA